AAACUACUUCCCACUGCUAUGCUUCUAGCUAAUUUCAAAACAGUUACUCAGAUAAAUUCUGUGUGUAACGUUAGUCGACUAAUGCCUCUGUUUCUUGCAAAACUGUCUAACACUUCGUUGACAAAAAUCAGCUGAUGGAAAGAAAGCAUACCCAAAUGCGCAAAAAAAAUAAGGGAAUCUGCGCCACGUUCAGUUGUCGAACAUUGCAGAUAGAAAUGCCAUAAAUAGAGCCAAAAUGAUUCAUUGUUUUACACGGAGAGGCAUGUUUGUUCUAUAUAACAUACUGUAACGACCCGGUAUUGUGUUCUGUGUUCGUMGGUGUGUUAUGUGUUUCAUAGAUUGGUGUUUCAUAGAUUGAAGGAUGUGGCCAGUGGAACAGGAAAUGUAACACACGGCUGUUUAAAAAAAAGUUAAACUAAAGGGGAUAAAAGAGGAAGUCACUGAGCAGCCAUACACAAAUACAUUAGCGUAUAGCUAGUUACGUUCAUUCCCACUGUCAUCCAUUUUGACAUGAAGAUGGUUGGAAGCUGGUUGUUUCUCCUCAUCUCUCUCCAAGGAUAUGAGGCUCCCUCCACCCCCAAUGUAAACUGCCUGAUCAUUAAUCUGGAUUAUGUCAACUGCAUCUGGAGUGAACAGAGGAUCCCAGAGGUCAACUUCACCUUUUUCAGCAACAGGUUCAUCAAAGAUAAUAUGGAGGAGUGCACAACAUAUCUACAGGAGAAGAGUUAUGCUGUGGGAUGUAGACUGUCCUAUGACAAGUCUGACAGGUUUAGAACACUGACAACCAAGCUGGUCCAUCAGAACAACAGUUAUGUGCAGACCCAUAACCUGAAAAGCAUGGUGAAGCUUUACCCUCCUGUUAACCUGUCAGUUGAGAUGAACAAAGACCCAGAGCUGAAUCUGUACUGGAACAACAGCAAGAACACCUACUGCAUUGAGAGUGAAGUUCGCUACAGAAUAAACAGCGACAAGUGGAAGACAUCUACUCCAAGCAAGGAACYGAAGUAUGCUGUGGCUUUCCCGUUAAAGAGCAGUCGGUAUGAGUUUCAAGUGAGAGCACGAYRAAACYKCYWYUGUGGRGAGUCCAAGUUCUGGWGUGAAUGGAGUCAGCCCAUUCAAUGGGAUUCCAUGAAGGGAAAUAACUUCACAGACAUAUCUGGCAGCUCAAUGUCUGUGUGGAAGCCAGUACUGUCAUUAGUGGGUACCAUGACACUCUUCAUAUUGGCCUGCAUGCUGGUCUACAGGGAAAGAGAACGACUGAGAUUCAUCCUCAUUCCCAUUGUGCCUAAUCCAGGCAAGAACCUAGAUGAGAAUGUAGAGGCCUGGCUUCCCAUCUCCAAGGACAUUUGCUUCCAGCCCAACUUCACUGAGCUUGCCUGUCCUGUUCGUGAGUACAGUCUGGUUCCCCAAACUGGCAGCGUCAGCGAAUCUGAGAGCAACUUCUCCAUCCUAACAGACCAGUCAGAUUGCCUGUCCACGUGUUCCUCCUCAGCUUCCACUUUUCCUGUCACAAGUGAAAAUGAACAAGCUGGUAUUGAGUGAGACUUACAAAGGCUGCAUUCUAAUUACCCUUCUCCCCUAGGUGUGCACUUCCUUGAUCCCCCUCAUUGAUAAUACGUAUUAGAUUGGUGUAUGCAUGGGCUAAAGGCAGUUUCUAUCAGAUUUCUUUUUAGAAUUUUAACAUAUGAACAUCCUUAAUAUUACGGCACCCAAUCCGUAAUAAAUCCAAGCAUUUUUGUUUGAUGUUCAACCAUUUGUAAGAUUUUUAAAUGCAUCGAUUUUUGAGAGAGAAUACAACAUAAAAUGCUCUGAACAUUGCAAUAAUGACAUACCCUCCUUGUAUUGCGAGAAAAAAAGCUGUUAAUUACACAAACUGACCACAUACAAUAUAGUAGCGUUAUGAGCUAGGCUACUUAUGAGCGUGCAUGUCUAAAAUGUUUCUAAUAAUGUCAUAAAAAAAAGAUAUCUAUAGCAUAUACAAGCUAAUGAAAAAAUGAUCUUAGCAGCUGAAAUGAUGGGCACAGGGUUAAACAUGAUUCAGCUGACAGUUUUAAUAUUAUAAACAAUCCCUUGUGAAAUUUAAAUUGUACUAUUGCACACUGUAUCUCGUUGGAAUAGAGUGAGCAUCUGAAAUGUUGAAUAUUAGCCUAUACUUUCAUUAAAAUGGUAUCUUAUA